AUGGUGCGUAACUAUUUAAUUGUAAAUGGAAAAAUUUAAGAAUAUCAGAAUUAAAUAAAUUAAAUGGUCAUACUAAUAGGGUAAAUUCAGUAUGUUUCUCUCUUGAUGGAAAUACUUUAGCAUCUGGUAGUGAUGAUAAUUCUAUACGUUUAUGGGAUGUUAAGACAGGAUAAUAAAUAAAUAAAUUAGAUGGUCAUUGGUGGUUAUGUAAGAUCAGUCUGUUUCUCUCCUGAUGGUAAUACUUUAGCAUCUGGUAGCGUAGAUUAGUCGAUACGUUUAUGGGAUGUUACAUAGUCAUAAUGUAAUAUCAGUCUGUUUCUCUUCUGAUGAAAAUACUUUAGCAUCUUGUCGUGGUAAGUCUAUAAUUUUAUGGGAUGUUAAGACAGGACAAGAAAUAUAUAAAUUAGAUGGUCAUAGUAAAUAUGUAAGAUUGGUCUGUUUUUCUCCUGACGAAAAUACUAUAGCAUCUGGUAGUGAUGAUAAGU